AUGAUGCAGAGCGCGGCUGUCCCCGCGGAGGGGGCUGUCACGGGGCUACCGGAGAUGCUCGGUGUGCCGAUGCAACAGAUCCCCCAGUGUGCUGGCUGCAACCAGCAUAUCCUGGACAAGUUCAUCCUGAAGGUCCUGGACAGACACUGGCACAGCUCCUGCCUCAAGUGUGCAGACUGCCAGAUGCAGCUGGCCGACAGGUGCUUCUCCAGGGCCGGGAGCGUCUACUGCAAGGAGGACUUCUUCAAACGCUUCGGCACAAAAUGCACAGCCUGCCAGCAGGGCAUCCCCCCGACCCAGGUGGUCCGCAAAGCCCAGGACUUCGUCUACCACCUGCACUGCUUUGCCUGCAUCAUCUGCAGCCGGCAGCUGGCAACGGGAGAUGAAUUCUACCUCAUGGAGGACGGGCGGCUGGUGUGCAAGGAAGACUAUGAGACUGCCAAGCAAAAUGAUGACUCUGAGGCAGGAGCAAAGCGGCCACGGACCACCAUCACAGCGAAGCAGCUGGAGACAUUAAAGAACGCCUACAAGAACUCCCCCAAGCCCGCCCGGCAUGUAAGGGAGCAGCUCUCCUCUGAGACAGGCCUGGACAUGAGGGUUGUACAGGUUUGGUUUCAGAACAGAAGGGCCAAGGAGAAACGCCUGAAGAAGGACGCAGGGCGGCAUCGCUGGGGGCAGUUCUAUAAGAGCGUCAAGAGGAGCCGGGGAGGCAGCAAGCAGGAGAAGGAGAGCUCUGCAGAGGACUGUGGGGUUAGUGACAGUGAGCUGAGCUUCCGAGAGGAUCAAAUUCUCUCAGAACUUGGCCACACCAAUAGGAUUUAUGGCAACGUGGGGGACAUUACAGGCGGCCAGUUAAUGAAUGGGAGCUUCUCCAUGGAUGGGACAGGACAAUCCUAUCAGGACUUGAGGGAUGGGAGCCCCUAUGGAAUCCCCCAGUCUCCAUCCUCUAUAUCAUCCCUGCCAUCCCACGCUCCUUUGCUGAAUGGGCUGGAUUACACGGUGGACAGUAAUCUGGGCAUCAUUGCGCAUGCAGGGCAGGGAGUAAACCAGACACUAAGAGCCAUGGCUGGGGGACCCACCUCUGACAUCUCCACAGGAAGCAGUGUAGGCUAUCCCGACUUUCCAACUAGCCCAGCCUCUUGGCUUGAUGAAAUGGAUCAUCCUCCUUUUUAAACUUCUCUCCUCCCCAUCCUCCCCAUCCUGGCUUGAGAGAGUAUCUUCAAGGAUCAAAAGAGACUUGCCUCUUAAGGAUCAAAGAUGCGCCAAUGUGAAUUUCCAUUAUUUUCAAUGGAAGUCCUCUGCUGGUUUCUAGAAGGCUGUGAGACCACAUUAGGGCCUUGCCUUCUUGGGAGGGGCUGGGGGAGCAGCCUCACCUCACACACAGCACAGGGGUGGACAGCCUAGAGCUGUAGGUAUGCUGACUUGUUGGCUCUCUCCCCUCCUGCCCUUGUUUAAAGGCUUUGGCUUAGUGUUUUGGUGGCACUAGGCGACUGUGACAGGUUACUUGGCCUUGGGAACACUACUCCAACUGCUGUGUCUCACACAGUGCCUCCCAAAAUUACUGCUGUCACCAGAACCAAGAUUCCUGAGGUAGCAGCAUCACAGCCCCUUGAGUAUAAUAAAAUGAUUUCUGGACCACUCUGAUUAAACCCUGAUUUUCAAAAUUUAAAAAUCGGUUAUAAAAUGUUGGUGAAAAUGUUGAUAGCCACAGUUUGAUACUAAAAAAUAUGCCCCUCCCUUUUUGUUUGUUGCUGUGAAAAUACGACUUCUUUCUUACUUGGACAAACCAGAGAAAACUUAUCAGUUUUGGCUUUUUAAGGAAUCCCACCUAUAUCACUGAACCCCUAAUGGCAAGAAGUGGUUUUCAUUGCAGGUGACUCCUGAGGCUACAGCUUGGGUGGCUCUAGACCUUCACAAACUGGCUGAUGAGUCCCGCUGGUGCAUAGUGUGCCUUUUUAAUUUAUUUGUAUCAUUUACUCCCCCAGAUAGGAUGUGGGCUACAAAAUGAUCAAAGCUAGACUAUGGAGAGAACAGAAUGACAAUCAGUGAAAACAUUUGAGACACAUUUGGAUUCCAAGCAUGCAGUCUGUUUAGCCUCCUUGGCAGAUGCCGGUAUCCCAGAGAUCCCCAUCCCUUGUAAAAUAAAAUCUGGAGUCUGCUAUGAGGAAGUUGGUUUAGAUGAGCUUUUCAGUGUACUCCUCCUCCCUCUUAAAAGCAAAAGUGCCCUCUGCUGUACAAGCUGACUCAGGUGGAGGACGAUCUUGGUCACUUCCAGGAACCAGCAAUAUUUUUUGGCCUGGUUUGGUUGAGGCAUAAUUUAGGGAGCAGCCUUAAAAUUGUCAAAAGGGUUCUAAGUCCUGGAGCUGCAUCUCUUUGGGUUGCUUGCUGGACUUGUGCCAUGCCCUGGGCUCCAGGCCUACACUCAAAAAGCCAGAGUUCUCUGGCUACUGGCAGUGCAAGGGACUCCCUUCAUGUCACUAAGCCUGCAAGGCAAGGCCAGUCCCUGCAGCUCUAUGAGCUGCCACUCUGUGACAGGCUGCACUUCUGUGCUAUCAGGAUGCCCUUCUGGGAAUUCCAAAUCUCCAUUUUGCAGCGAGGAAUUUAGUCAGUUGGAAUUUAUUCCUACCCCUUGGGAAAGAGUGGUUUGCUUCUUCUGGCCCCACAAUCUCUUAUGAUCAGUGGGAUAGGAAAAGGCAAGAAGGCACUGCCUUUCUUUCACAUGACGAGACCAAAAGCCCUGGAGACCCUUCUGUGAAUGGUUGAUCACAUUUGGAGGACUGCAAAGAUUCAGGCAUGUGGUGGGCAGAAAUAUGACAGUCUCUAGCUGUUGUAUCAUUUGUAAGCUCCUCUUCAAGACUGCAUUUAGUUCAAUUAAGCUUCUUUAAAGGAUACAGUCAGUAACUUCCUGGAUUAGCCUUCAGGCUCCUUUUCUCUGAUCAGUUUUGUACUGUAUCCUUGUUUUUGGGUGGGCUGCAACUGCCCUGAUCUUUGCCUGGGGCAUCUGCAACACAGACUUUUUUGAAGUUCCAUAUUUAUGGGUGGUGGUGUGUUAAGUCUAUCUAAUUCUGUGCUACUGAAAUUCCCCAACGUGAAUGCUCUGUGGGGAUGGAGACACAAGACAACAAGCCAUGUGAAGGACAGGAAGUUGCAACUGUCUGGAAGCCAUCUUCUUUAAACACACUGUUCUCAGCAGGCUGCUCAUAAUACAGAGGCAAAAACCUGUGUUGGACAAUCCAGCUGAAAAGCUAUGUCAGCCAGGUAACUGUUACCUUGACUAUUUGGCUCAGUACCACAGGUUUGGAAGUACCUCAUUUUUGACGUGUGUAGCACUGUUGAAGCUGUUAUUAAUUUCAGCUGACCAGUUUUUAUUUUUAUGAGUUUAUCAUACUCCUGAUUCAGUCACAGAAGAAUGGGAGGCUGUCCUCAUUCACAGUAAUAAGUCUCCUGAGGAACUCGUUAGGCAGCACAGUGAAAUUAGCAGUAGUGUUUGGUUUCACUUGGGCUGACUAGCUGGAAAAGAUAUUGAGAGACCACUGACCAGAAGGCCAGGAGAGCAUUACAUUCCUUCCCCAGAGGCACCUCCCUAGAGCACAGCAAGCACUGGUGCCCCAUCAGAAGCACAGCCAUGACAGGUCUUAGAUUCCAAGUGACUGUUCUGCAAAUUGAGUUUGCACGGUGGAUGGGCUGGUGCCACUGAUGAACACCGCACACCAAGACUGCUCCCUCAUUGUGGUUUGGAGAUAGAGAGGAUUAUUUUGUUUUUAGAUUCUCUUAGAGACACUCCAGGUAACUACCCAGUAGUUGUCUUCCCCUUGCUAAAUCACAUGCACACAUUUAAAAAAUGAAAAAAGACCUUUUAGAGCCAUUUACAAUAUUUUGGCCUAUCUUUGACUCAAAGAGACCGUUUAACACCUACUAUCUGCAGUGCCUGCCCAAUAGGCUUUAGAGAAGGAAGCUUCUGAAUCCUGAAGCAAAUUAGCAUCCCCUCUACCUCUCACCCUGAAUUUCCAGGGGUAAUUCGUAUAAGUAAAAAUGAGAAAUGAGUGACUAACUCAGUGGAGAACUCUAUAUUUGCCCCAAAGUAGUAAAACUAUGGAAAAAAAAAUACUCAAACAAGGGUUAACCAGCCCAAUGGUUAAAUCAUGUUGUUGGAAACUGGUUUUUGUUGCCCCUUCAAGGAUCUGUGAGCAACCUCAGGCAAAUUCCUUUCAGUUUUUGUUCUUUUUCUGUCUUGCUUCAUCUGUUAUGAACAAAUGUGAGAUGAAUAUCAGCUACCAUACUGAUAACUUGGUCCUGCAAAUUAAUAUAGUGAAACAACAGGGAAAUUACGACCUAAGCAAAGCAUCUGGCAGAGUCCUUAAAGUUUUUUUGGUGGCAUUUUAAAACAUUUAAAAUUUGUAUCUAGUGAUACAAUUGGAGGCUGUUAGAUCUUCAUUCUUAAGUUCACUUUGCCAGGAAGUACAUAAAAAUCUGUAGAAGCCAGGCAUAUUAUAAUCCCAGCUGUUCAUAAGGCUAAGGCUGAAGGAUCACAAGUUUGAGGCCAGCCCGGGCAACUUAACAAGAUCCUGCAAAAUAAAAAAUUAAAGAAGAGCUUGAGAAUUUAUCUCAGUACAAGUUUGCCUAGCAUGUACAAACCCCUGGGUUCAAGUCCCAGCCUUGGAAACAAAUAAACAAAACCCCUCAAGAACUGCCUUUUUUCAGGAGGUGUUCAAGGCUUCUGAUUCUCAAAUGCUGUGUUUUGUGACAGUCCACCAUGACACCUAAACCCCACACAGCUCCUCCCACAUGCUACAACUGACACCUUGGUUAUAACCAUGGAAAUAAUGACCAUACCUCCUCGGCCAGCAGGGUCUGGAAGGCCUGAGGAAGCUCAUUUUUAAACAUUGCACUUUAAAAAUUGGAAACUGAGAUGAAGAAAAAUUCAAUUAAGAGGAAAUGAGUUUUGUUUUAUUACCUGCUGCUGACGGGCUCUGGGCAUACUGAAAGCUAAAUAAAAGCACAUCACUGGCUCUCUCUUUCUUGGAUUGGUCAAUUGGCCCUUUUUGCAGUAGUUGCUC